ACGUUUUAUUUUGGUGCUGUUCGUGAAAAUCCCCCCAACACGACAAACGCUACAACAGGCCAACAAAAAACACACAUUUACACUAAAACAACAAAGAGAAUGCCGAGUGGAAAAAACUUAAGGAGGAGAAGAGACUCGUCAGAUGAGGAAGAGGAAGAUGAAACAACCCACGAAGUUAGAUCAAAAGUAUUGGAGGCCAAAGAGCUGCAGAGUUUGAGGAAGCGUCAGACCGGAGUCAGUGUGACUGCCUUAUUGGUUGGAGAGAAGCUGCCGCCAGAUGCUGAAAUAGACAAUGACCCAUACAAACUGAAGACUGGGGGAGUUGUAGACAUGAAGAAGGUGAAAGACAGGAAUAGAGACAUGACAGAAGAGGAAACAGACCUCAACCUGGGGACAUCAUUUUCAGCUGAGACUAACAGAAGAGACGAGGAUGCAGACAUGAUGAAAUACAUUGAGACCGAGUUAAAAAAGAAGAAGGGCUUGGUGGAGGCAGAGGAGCAGAGGGUGAAGGUGAAGAAUGCAGAGGAUCAUCUUUAUGAACUGCCCGAAAACAUCCGAGUAAACUCUGCCAAGAAGACAGAGGAGAUGUUGUCCAAUCAAAUGCUGAGUGGGAUUCCUGAAGUUGAUCUUGGAAUUGAUGCAAAGAUAAAAAACAUCAUCCAGACGGAGGACGCAAAAGCCAAGCUUCUGGCAGAACAAAGGAACAAGAAAAAAGACCACGGCACAUCAUUUGUUCCCACAAACAUUGCUGUUAAUUACGUCCAACAUAACCGCUUCUAUCAUGAGGACGUGAACGCACCACAGAGGCACCACCGGCAUAGAGAAGAGCCCAAACCAAGACCACUACGCGUGGGUGACACAGAGAAACCAGGUCCAGAGGCUCCAUCACCACCCAACUACCGGAAACGUCCAAACAACGAGAAGGCCACAGAUGACUACCACUAUGAGAAGUUCAAGAAGAUGAACCGAAGAUAUUAACAAGUUAAAUCAGUGGUGUUUUUUUUUUUUUUUUUUUUUAGAAUUACUCAACAGUUGUUAACAACAUUGUACCAUGUAAUUAAUGUAUAAAGCUUACCGUGGUUAUGCAUUUAUAUUACAGUUGCUGUGUUUAUUUCGUAAUGCUCUCUUACAAAAUUUGACUUUGUCUGGUCCACAUGAUUCUAUAAUUAAAUUUGUGUCAAACAAUACAGGGAUUAAAUGGAAA